ACAAAAGCCAAAGUGGAACCCCACUGUCUCCUCCGGCAAAUAGAAUCCAUAAAAAGGCGAGAUUUUUCACCCCAAUCUCCGAUCUUUUAUUCUUCUUCAUCGCUUUGUUCUUCAUCACACAGAUCCUCCAUUCUCCUUUCGUUCCUUGGGAGGAUCAGAUCUUGGAAGGUCCUCAGCUCAAGGAAAGGAGAAGGGGAAAGUAAAGGGAUAGACUUUUGAAGGAUGUCUUCAUUCACGGGAACUCAGCAGAAGUGCAAGGCCUGCGAGAAGACGGUGUACCCUGUGGAGCUUCUCUCUGCUGAUGGUGUUAGCUAUCACAAGUCUUGCUUCAAAUGCUCUCACUGCAAAUCCAGGCUUCAGCUGAGCAGAUAUUCAUCAAUGGAAGGUGUGUUGUACUGUAAGCCUCAUUAUGAGCAGCUCUUCAAGGAGUCUGGUAGCUUCACCAAGAACUUUCAGUCCCCUGUUAAACCUGCGGCUGAGAAAUCAAGUCCUGAGCUGACGAGGACCCCUAGCCGAGUUGCCGGUAUGUUCUCAGGCACACAAGAAAAAUGCGCCACUUGCAGUAAAACUGUGUAUCCUAUCGAAAAGGUAACAGUGGAGAGCCAGACGUAUCACAAGUCCUGCUUCAAAUGCUCACAUGGAGGCUGCCCCAUCUCGCCAUCAAACUACGCAGCACUUGAAGGAAUCCUCUACUGCAAGCACCAUUUCGCUCAGCUUUUCAAGGAAAAGGGAAGCUACAACCACUUGAUCAAAUCUGCUUCCAUCAAACGCUCUGCGGCUGCUGCAGUCGCUGCUGGUACACCUGCAGCCGCCGUUCCUGAAUCUUAAUAAACUCAA